CAGGGCUCGUGUUUGUUUAUCAAACGCGACGCAUGCUGUCGUAGACUGAGAGGAGGGAGGAGAGUUCGUCGUCCCGGGGCCCUCAGGCUGCUGCCUUUUGCAUUGCUUUCGCUGCUGGUCACACUUUCACGUCCCCCUCCUGCUGCGCGAUUCCCACUCUUUAGAGUUCCUCUUUCUUCUCUUCUUUCUCCGCUGCUGCUGCCUCUUCUUCUUCUUCUCCUUCGGACGCUCUCUGCGUUUCGUGAGCACAAAGCCCGCCUCGAGCAGGAGGAGCGCGAAGGUAGAGAGAGAUCCUGGAUAGCGCCAACGGUAGUGGCGGCUUCGAUUCGGACACACUCCAUCGCAGGGGUCUUCGAUUGUUGUUGUAGAUAAACACAGGGAAGCCAGGUUCUGGGUAUGCGUGCAUCACUUCUUCGUGCCUGUGUGCACCCUCCGCCCUAACGCUCGGUUGCGAGUUGGUGUCCUGUGUCGAGUCGGGUGAAAACACGAUUUGUGUCGCAGAAGAAAAGUUGGUGCUGGAAUCACAAGAGUAAGAGGCCGCAGGGUAGGCUCGAACAAUGAGCAGCAGUAGGGCGGGGGGCGGUUCAGGCUCCGCGGCGAUUCCCGCCAAUGCCCGGAAGACGGUUCAGAGUCUUCGGGAAAUAGUCCCGAAUAGCGAGGACGAGAUCUAUGCGAUGCUGAAGGAGUGCAACAUGGAUGCCAACGAGACCGUGCAAAGACUCCUCAACCAGGAUCCAUUUCAUGAAGUGAAGCGUAGAAGAGAUAAGAAGAAAGAGGGAAACAAGGAUGCAACAGACAACAACAGAUCGAGGCCUGCCAGUGGAAGCCAAGGGAGAGGUGGUGGUAGGGGCGGUAUGAUCGAUCGUGGUUCUGGGAGGGGAAGCUCAUUGCCUCGGCACAAUACAAAUGAAUUCAACGGUGGUCGUGGAAAGUCUUUUGCACCACGUGAAAACGGCAGUGUAAAUAGAGCUUCCAGUACAUAUGGUGGUCCGUCUUCGUCAACCAUGCCAACUUAUGGCCAGCAAAAGGCAUACCCAUCGUCGGGCUUGAGCAGCGCAGCUCCAGCGUCGACUACUGCCAGCGCAACUGGACAUCAAAAUGGGAGCUCAGGGUUUUCACGGCCUGCGGCAGUGCCUCAAAGCACGUGGGGCGCGUCAUCCUCUGGGCACGCCACGAUGGCUGACAUUGUGAAAGCAAACGGUGCCCCUCCGCCUCCAUCAGUACCUCCUCCUACAGCUCCCCCGGCGACUGCACCAGUGGGGACCUCUCUUCCUUCUUCCGUUCCCCAGCAAUACACUUCUUCGCCCCCAAGCGCAACCCCAUCUGUUUCAUCUGGUGUGUACUCGUCGUCAACAGAUCCGGUUCUACAUCCAUCCCUUGACCCUCGUGCCACCGGAACACCAGGUGCAAUUAAACGAGAGGUUGGGACUGUUGGUUCGACUCGUCCAAAGCCAGACUGGCCUACCAGUUCACUGAAUUUGGAUGCUACAGCGGCCUCUGCAGUCCCCUCACAAUCUCUGCAACCAAUUUCACAAUCCAGUAUUCCGCCGUCAGUUGCUGCGCCUAGUCUGGAACUUGAGAAUCAGGUUGCUAGACCAAGCAGUCCUCCACCUGCCUCUGCCUCACCCCCCAUUCACCAAGAUCGGCCUGCUUCUCAUCCUAGUUCUGUUGAUACAUCGGCGGGCACUCAACCGAGACAGGGUGCUAGUGCACCUUCAAGUGCUGCCCCUGGUUCACGGUCAGUAGUUGUUGGCGGUCCAUUCAGUACCAGGCCUGUAUAUCAACCACAACAACAUCCAGUCGGAACCCAAAAAGCUACUGGAGCUGGCUUGGAAUGGAAACCGAAGCCCGCCGUGACGAGCACUGCCAAUAUGGGUGGAGUGAAUACACCCUCACAGCCAGACUCAGUUAGGUCUUCUCCACCUUCGGGGUCCGUGGACUCGGUACUGUCAGGGCAAACAUCAAAGCUGCAGUCUCUAAAUAUUCAUGACGACCAGCCUGUCAUCAUCCCCAACCAUCUCCAGGUUCCAGAGUCCGAACGAACGCACUUGAGCUUUGGAAGCUUUGGGGCAGGGUUUGGCACAAGCUUUUCAUCAAGUUAUGGUAAUGAGGAGAAGGCGUCCACUGCGAUUGCUGAGACUAUACCAGUUAAUGAGCCCCCAGUGGAACAGCAAAACACCACUAGUGUGGUUAGUCCUGCACCAGCAGCUUUGAGCCAGACCUUUUCUGUACCAGAAGAGAACUUGGUUUCAAACAUCGACACUGCUGUUGUGAGUAUGGGACCACCUGUUGCACCGCAGCCCGAGCUUCCGAAAGCAGAUCCUAUCGUACAUCAAGGACCUCCUUACCCUUAUCUGCCAACAGUAACGAAUUAUGCGGGAUUCAAUCUCAUGCCGCAAAUGCCUGCCGGACAGUAUGCCUACGAGCCUGCGGAAACCCAGCCCCAGGAUGUUACAAGGCUGCCUAGUUUGAUGCCGUAUACGGAUCCUACCACGAGCUACUACACUCCUCCCUUCAGACCAACUUCAGACGGGGAUGCGCGCUACCCGCCCUUCAUGCCUUCAAAUCCUUCAAGCAAGUACAACGGAAACAUAGGGCUGAUUAAUCUGGCGGGUCAAACUAUCUCGUCGUCUCAAGAGACGGGGAACACCGGAAUGCCCUCCUCUGUGUCAUCCGCUCAAACCUCACAGACUGGUAACACACAAACUGUUCAAACAAUGCCACAACAACAGCCUUUGCCCCUGCACGCUUACACAGGCCAACCUACUGGAGCUCCCAUUCAGCAUCAUUUCGCCAAUGUGUUUGGGUAUCAGUAUCUACCUCCAAGCUUUGCCUACAUGCACACUCACGCUCCUUACCAGCAUAACUACACAACCACGAGUGGCUAUCCACAGCCCCCUGCAGGUAACAGUUAUCCUCCUACAGCUGCAAGUUCGUACACCCCAGCGGGUGCCGCCACUGUAAAAUAUCAACUCUCGCAGUACAAACCUGGUACUGCUACUGGUAAUGCACCCCAUUCAGCUGCCGCGCAAGGAUAUGGAGGUUAUGCAACCGCGCCAUCUGGUUAUGCAGCCAAUCCUACAGUAACUGGUGGGAGUGCUACUGGGUAUGACGAUGUGCCUCAGCAAUACAAGGACAACAACUUGUAUAUUCCAAACCAGCAGGGGGAACAGUCUGGUGUUUGGAUCCAAGCCCAAUUGUCACGAGACAUGGCUGCAGCAGGUAUGCAGACCAGUUCGUAUUACAAUUUGGCGCAGCAAGGCCAGCAUACAGCGUAUGCUCACACUCAGCAGCCAACUCAUGCCCAUGCUCAUCCUGGGGCAUAUGCUAAUUUGUACCAUCCUUCCCAGUCUGGACCAGCUCCAACAGCCCAUCAGUUGCUUCAACAGCCCCAGGGUCUUGGUGCGCAAGGUGCCGGCGGAGGGCAAGCCGGUGGUUAUCAGCAACCACAACGUACCCAACAGACGUGGGCCAACAAUUACUGAUGGGGAGUCGCAGGUUGAGGGAAAGCACCAACUGAUUAUAAUGACGGGCCGGCAGUGGGGUUGUCUCUGGAACUGGCAGUUGGUAGUUAAGGCCAAAAGUUGGCCUUUAGGAGGCUUGUCUGAUUGUGUAGGCAGAAAGAGUAGAUCAGAUUUGUGGCCCUCAGUUGGCCUGAGAAGAGUGUACAUAACAAGUUUGACGAAAAUGGUAGAAGAUUGGAUGGUGGAGCUUUAACAUUCAUGGCAUGGGUAACACUGUGGGCGUUGAACCAGAUUCUUAGUCCACUGUUUUGACACGGAGGCACACUGCGCCGAAAAGUGGGACUGUGCACUAUAUUCUGGAGUCUGUCAUAGCCAUUGAAGGUUGCCUUUGUUCCUUAUUAUCUUACUUGAAAGGACCUUGCUUAUUCAGCCACAGGUUUGUAGUAGGCUCUACUGAGAUACUGAGUUUCGUACUCCUGAUUCUUGAAGCAUUGCUUUCUGAUUCUCGUGAUCCGACCUAGUCGGUCCAUUUUAGCGCAUGGCACUGGGACUCGAGCUCGCCUAGAUACACAUGAUUGGUUUGGGCCCUCACCUCAGUUCACCUUAUUGGGCCAGAGUGGUUGGCGGUGUCGGUAAAGUAGUGAAAAUCGAUCGACGGGGAUCCAAUCAGGAAUGACUGUUUUGGUAUCUGAAUCCGGAGGAUGCCUAUAUGCACGAUGGCAUAAGCAAUGCACAGUUCGUGGGUUUCGAUUGAUCUGCAGUGGACGGCAGGUCAAAUCUCCACCUAGCAAGAUGCGGAAUAUUCUUUUUCAUCAUGCCCUAGCAAGCAUGGCCCUUGCACGUCUUUUACUGUCUGCCAGGUUGAGGUUGACGUAUUACCUUCUUAGUGAGGUUUGACAUUAGGGGAUCCUAUCUGUGUCAAGCAACUCGAACAGUUUUGAAAGAUCUUAUUUCGAGUUUGUCUUGAAGCAGCAGCACAGUUUUUGUGAAGCUAAUUUUAGGUAUUUAAUGGCUGUCAGCGUAGAUUGCCCACCUCAUUGGUUCGAGGAUACAUUCUGUAUUUUAACAAUGGCAAAUUCUGCUUCGUCUAUCUUCUUGGGUAUCAAUUUAACAGGGCAUGUUUUCUCUUCGGUGGUAAUUGCCACCUGUUGUAUGAUGCUACAUGUGCAAUGUGGUUCGUAAUGAUCAAAGAGCUUGUGUGCUGGUCUGUCGAUGUUCUUCGUGUCUUCCUGUUUUGGUCUUCGGCCACCACAUGAAGAAGACUGCCCUUCACAACCUUGACUUUUACUGGAGGAAUCUUUAUUUCCUUGUCCCUGUUAAGGUUCUAUAGAUCAAAUCACAUAAUCUAUGGAGAAGAUCGUCACGUUGGUUAAAGUCAGAUCUGA